AUGCCCCGGCCGCGGAAAUCCACCAAUGUGCUCAUCAAGCGCCGCACACGGACGGGAUGCCGAACAUGUCGGGCAAGAAAGCUCAAGUGUGGAGAAGAGAAGCCAGUCUGUCGCCAAUGCUUACUCAAAGGACUGAAUUGCGACAACACAACGACCCUCAAGUGGGAAACAGACUAUGUCUCGAAAGGCCUCAAGUUUGGCAGAGCUGGUGUCUGGGCCAAGGACCCAUACAAGACAGCCUCGCCUUCCACAACUUCGGACUGGUCCACCCACGAUCAUGCACCUCUGUGGUGGUGUCCUAUCCCAGAAAUUUAUGCCUAUAGUUUCGUGCACACCACAGUGGAUACUCUGCAGGAGUCGGUCCGAUGGGCGCCUGAAACGAAAGGCGAUGCCCAUCAAAUUACAGGGUCGACAUCAUCAGACCCCGACACCACUGCUGCAUGCUUCCUCAGUCCCUGGCCAACGACGCAGAGCCUGGUACGGUCUUCCGAACUCCGAAUCGCGGCGCCGCUGAAUAUUCUCCCACCAUGGGAAACGUCAGAUCAAUCUUCGCUACUUUCCUACUAUGUCGAAAGAAUAUGCCCGAUGACAGUCUCAAGCUUGACGUCUGUCUCCCCUUUCGCAACACUGCUCCUUCCUUUUGCAAUCAGCACCUCGCCUCUCACCAUGCAAGCCAUGUUGGCACUGGCUGCCUGCCAUCGAUCCCGAACUGCUUUACAAUACAAGUCAACAGCAUUAAACCUCAGUCACCGUGCUCUCCACGCUCUUCGGGUCAAGUUAAGAAGUUGCGACUCCGUGGCGGUGGCGGAGCUUCCCGAAACAUUGGUCGUCAUGCUUCUGCUUUGUAUGUUUGAGAUCGUAAACGAAUGCGACAGUCGAUGGGUGGUGCAUUUGAAAGGGGCACGCGACUUGAUCCGCGUUCGCAGGUGGCAUCAGCUAGGCUUGGUGGAAAAUACGGACGCUAGUGCUCUGGCUCUCUUCUGCGAGCGCUUCUUUGCCUUUCAGGACAUCAUGGGCCGUACUGCCUGUGGCGAGGACCCUGUUUUCGGGAGCGACUUUUGGGCGAAUGACCAGACCGACUGCGAGCCGUGGCUCGGUUGCUCCCCCCAGUUGGUCUCCAUCCUUAGCAGAAUCGCUGAGUUGGGACGACAAGAUCCGAUGAGUCGUCAAACGGUCCACUUCCAGGCAGCGGCAGCUGCCUUGGAGGAACAGCUGGGCAUGCUGAAGCAAACGGUGUGGGAUAACAGUGAUGAUAUGUUAACUCGAGCUGGGGAGCUGAAGAGACUCGCGGCCGAGGUCUAUCUCCAAUGCGCCUUGAACGGAGCGAACCCUGCUACACCGUGGAUAUCGCAGCAAGUACAUGAGAUUCUCCGCCUUAUCAGCACUUCGCUGGAAUCUCAUUUGGUCUCUGGCAUCAGCUGGCCUCUCUUCAUUGCAGCUGUUGAACUGCAUCCGGACCAGGACCUCGAACUCCACUGGGAGGCCGGCACAGCUCCAAAAUAUGCGCGGCCUUUCAUCCUAUUCGCUCUGGAAAAGCUUACCGGUUCAAUGGUUAACACUAUCAGGAUCCGUAGAGUCAUUGAAAAGGUUUGGCGGGCACGAGAGAUGCGGGAAGCCCCAGUCAACGCCGGUGCUUCCCCAGAAAGUGACUGGGAACAAUUUGUCGCGCCUUUCUGCGGAAACAUGUCUCUGGCGUGA